AUGAGCCCAGACACAAAACUUAUUGCAAGCUUAGUGAAUCGUAUACUUGUUAGGUUGCCUAGCAAUAGUGGAAAGAAGUUGGAUGCGUUAGAAAAUGAUCCUAUAGUCAAUCAAACAGUUGCUGCCCUGAUUGAAUUAUCAAAGUUUAGAUUACCGACAGUGACAAUUACUCUAUUGAAUCUAUUAGAUGGAAUCAAGAUGGCUUCCAAUGAAGACCAUGUUCCUCAAGAAAAUUUACAAUCACAGCUAUUUGUCUUACGAUUACUCUCAGCUUGUAUGCAACAUCACUGGCAGUAUAUGAAAGAUUUAAAAUAUGAAAGUAGUUCUGGGAGAGCAUAUUCUGUAAAAAAUGGUUAUGAAGGAUCAGUUCACAGUUUUGAUAGUGCCACUCAUAACAGCAGCAGUCGAUGGUCUCUGAACGAGGGCCCUUUGCCUCUCGAAAUGGAUGAUCCACCCCCUUUUGAGGAUGCACUUGCAAAGUCUAUCAUGAACGUCAUGUCCCGUAUUAUGCAUCAAACGACCAUUUUGGAAGAGAAAGAGUAUGGUCAAGCAACAAAUCAUGUCACUCAAAUAACACGUACCGAAUACUAUACACCAAGUAAUAUUGCAAGAACAUCAGCAGAUAUUGUGUUGGAUAUCUAUAAAGCGUCGAGCAAAGUCAUCACCUACUUGAGUGCUAGUAAUUGGAACAUUGUAUUCUCAAAGAUUAAAGCACGUAUACUCUACCUUUCAACCACAAGUGAUGAAAAUCCCGAGACAUCCGAUAUGAGACUAUUAGAAUGUUGUUCUCUCAACUCAAAGCGCUUGGCUACUGUCUUGUCAGAGUUUUGCAAUAACUUUAUACAUUUAAAAAAGUCGACACAAUUAAUCGUAGCAGCUAUCUUACGUAGAGCUAUCUGGGGAUGGAUCGAGACUUAUCCAAGCGAGUUUAUGCAGCUAUGUCAGAGCCAAAAGAGACUAGAGGGUGGACCAGACGUGUUGUUCGAGACUUGUUUAUCAUUAGCAGAUACGACCAGAAAGAAGGCAAUUCUAUGGCCAUUACAGACAAUGCUCUUGGUGUUGUGUCCAGAUAUCUUAUGUUCAUUAGAUACCCCUGACACAGGAAGAUCGAUCAACUCAAAAAAGGCUCUAUUUUUAUCAGCACUUAAAUCUUCACUAAAGUCAGGACGUAUGGCAGAAUUGGCCGCUAUAUGCUAUGUGGAUAUCUGUAAGGCUGCAACUUAUGUAUCCAAGAUAGACUCCUCUGCUCUUCGUCAUAUCGUACCUGAUAUUGAACAUGAGCUGAGAACACAACUGUUUGAUCCAGAUAAACCCCUGAUUGCAGAUAGUUUAAUGAGCGGACUUGGUAUUAUCAUUGACCAUCGCACACUCUUGGCUGAUUGUUUGGUGGCCAUGUUCCGACUGAAUCCACGAAAUGCAUUACGCAACCUAUUUCCUUCAUGUUUAGAUAACCGUGCGCCUACUCUGUUUAAAAUCAGUUUAGUCAAGGCAUGCUUAGUUAUCGCAUCUGAAGAAAACAAGCUCCCUUGGAACCCUUCGAUUGCCACACUAUAUGAUUCACUGGCUGGUCCGCUUAGAAAGUUAUUUAUUGAAUUUGCAAGCAAAGGCUUUUCCAAGCUUGAAAUGAAUAACGCUAUGACAACAUCCAACAGUAGAAAACAAAACAUUAUAAACGCCAAUGAUAAAAAAUUCAAAAAAGAAAACACUGUUCGUGUGGAUCAGAACAAUGAAAGACUAGAGCUCAUCCUGGACAUGCUCCGUUUGUAUCAAACAGAUCCUAAGCUAGCCAUUCGAGGUGAUAAUGAGGAUCGGUUAAAGCAGAAUGCAAUGGCAAUGGUUGCCAUCGCAAACUGUCUUCGUGAGCAGGAUCAGUAUGUCAGGGAUGCAGCCGCUAUGUGUUUAUUCAAGCUGCACUCUCCAGACUAUAUUCUCGAAUGGGGAUCAUCACCCAAUUUUAUGGAAUCAUUCUGGAAGAUCUCUUCUCAGGUUGUGCUGACACUCGCUAAACAGCUGCUAGAUACAAGAGAACGAGAUGAUGGCAUAAAACGUUUGUUGGAAUUACUAAAGAAGCUGUUUGAAUCCAGAAAUGAGUUUUUAAGAAUGCACCAGGAUGUCUCUAUGCAAGGAUCAGAUGCAAAAGAACGACUCCAAGCAUCUAUUGGUCUUGAGGUUGCACUCUUGGUCUUAUUGUGCUCUUCUGAUAUAGAAAUCUGUUCUUCUGCGAUCACUUGCUUUGGACAUAUCUGUGAAGAAACUCAGUUGACUGACUGCAUAGAUGAUCCUCAUCAAGCUGUGUUAAUGGUCGUAGAAAACUUGCCUAUCUACCACGAACUUUCCUCCAAUAAUAGUAUUGUUACCGGUCGCAAAUCUCAACAGAAGCAAAUUCGCCGCUUACUACGAAUGAUGACCCACUAUGCGCCAGGCAAUCUUGCUGCGUGGGAGGAAGUCUACAAGCGAUGGAAAUAUAUGAUACCUGCUAUGACAAAGCCUUAUGAAGAAUCCAAGGACGAAGCCCUAGAAUUAUCACCACAUCCAUACAACGUGAAAAGGAAUGCUCCAACAGCUUGGCACGACAAACUACGAAAUCCAACGGCUUCGAGUCGACAAAUGAAUAAUCAUGCCUCGAACAGCAGGACGGAUCCUUCACCCAGCAACGUCACGACGGUUAUUUUAGACGACGACAAAUCAUCUGAAUGGCAAAACUAUGCAGGUUUCCUUGCUGCCCUUGGUGGCAUUUGCCUCAUGGCGGACGUUGGACCAUCUACACCGACAUCACCUUCAGGUACACGUUCUGCAUUUGGCGAUAACAUGACUGUCAGACGCGUCUCGGCACCAAGCGAAUCAUCAGCGAUGGUUAACAGGUUUGUUGUGGAUAUGGUUGAUUUGUUAUUAUGUGAUAAUAUCAUGAUUCGAGAAUGGGUCAAGGAAAUUCUCGGCACAGAUCUAUCACCAGCUCUUUAUUCAGUCCUCUUCAGAUACAUGGAAACAGUACUCUCGAAAUACUUUGGACCUGACGGCGACCCUAUCUGUAGUGCGAGCAACACAUUAUUUGUCGAACAGGCUAUCAGUGUCCUGAAGCUCAUCUUGGAUCGUAUGGAAGGAAGCUAUGAGAAUUUGUUGACAGUGGACUUUAGUGGCUUAAUUGAUCAAUAUGCAAAGUAUUUGAAUAAAUUGGGAAAUAGUCAAUCUGCCUUGAAGAUAAAGAUUAAGUUUUGUCAGCUUGUUGAAGUGUUGAUGAUGAAGAAGGAUAAAAUCACCUUACGACAAGAAUUCAGGCUGCGUAACAAGUUACUGGAGAUCAUUGUAGAAUGGACAAGCGAUUUUUCUUUGAAACCUGAUUUAUCAUCUCAAUACUCUAGUUUUGAAUCAGCACAAGGCGAAAAGCUACAUAGAGAACUCGAUCUAGCAUGUUUGAACACCAUUGUUGGUUUACUUCAUCAACUUCCUCUUCAAUCUCCCGACCCGGUUCAUGAUGUUGACUCAACACCUGUGAAGAGCAGAAUCUUUUUCAAAUACUUUACCUUCUUUCUCAAGCUACUUAAUCGAUGCAGAGAUUCCGAGACGGCCACUGAAGGAGAUACACUUAGCCGUCGACCUUACACAGAACAGACCAAUAUGAAGAGUAAAGGAAGCAUGUCGACUUACUUGGCUCCACUAAAAGAAAGCACCAUCUUGGCCAUGUCAAAUCUUUUAAGUGCCAAUGUUGAUGCUGGUCUAAAGUAUUCACUAUCCAUGGGUUACCACGAUGACCCACAGAUGCGUACGGCAUUUAUGAAGGUGUUGACAAAUAUCUUGAAUCAAGGAACCGAGUUUGAAACUUUGGCCGAAACUGUCAUGACAGAUCGAUAUGAAAAAGUGGUUGAUAUGUUUGUAAGCAUGGAUUUAAACAUCGCUCUAUCUCUCUGUGACGUUUGCCCUGCUUCGGAUAUUGAAGAUGCAGCAAAUGCUCUUUUGGCCUGUUUUGCAUCCAGAGGGAAAACACUGGAUCUCUUAAAGGCCGUGAUUCGCAAAGAGGUUGAAAACACAGAUAGCGAAACAGAAUUAUUAAGAAGAACAAGUAUAGCGACUCGACUGUUAUCUGUCUUUGCCAGACAUAAUGGUGCGGAUUAUGUCAGAUCAGUACUUCAGCCUGUUUUUACCAAACUUGCAGAAAAGCCUCCAGAAGAGAGAACAUUUGAAUUGGACUCAUCAAAAGUUGGCAGUGGAGAGGAUGUGUCGCGAAAUAAGCAAAAUGUCAUUAAUGCGACUGAAAUGUUUUUGAAUGCCAUCUGUGAAUCUGCAAACGAGGCGCCCAGAUCUUUUCGAGAGGUUUGUCAUUGCAUCCUUACGUCUGUACGAGAACGUUAUCCUGAAGCAAUGUAUACUGCAGUUGGUGCCUUUAUCUUCUUACGAUUCUUCUGCCCUGCUAUCGUUUCCCCUGAAUCCGAAGGUUUGAUCAAGAUAAACACUGUGAUAUCUCGCGAGAUGAAGCGUGGUCAUUUGAUUGCUACCAAGGUCAUUCAGAAUCUGGCCAAUAACGUCUUGUUUGGUGCAAAAGAGACAUACAUGAUUGUCCUGAAUGACUUUUUGACCAACAACAUUUACAAAGUAACAAAUUUUUUGAGAGAGAUAUCAGAGGUACCGCCACCUGCUACGACCGUCUUACCCGAUGGCAGAACUAUUGUGGAGGAUAUAAGACCUGAAGUUCGUCCUAUGGAGCAAAAGGAUUAUAACUGUUUGCACCGUGUACUGUUUGAUAAUAUGGAGCGUAUCUCUAGGGAAAUUGCAGCACGUCGUAUUCGUCAGCAUCUAGAUCCUGAACGCGCAGCUGCAUAUAAGCAAGGGUUUGACAAGUUUUCAAAUUUAAUGGCUCAGUUGGGUCGUCCUCCCGAAACAACCAAGCCAGAGUUCAGCGGCCUAAGAAGUUAUACAUUUGCUGCAGCAAACCAACUCUAUGCUGAAUUUAUGCGACGCAACAGUCAUCGAAGUGUAGAACCUAUUGUAUCCAAGAACAUUUUCUAUGAAGGUGGGGUUUCCAAAGCCAAUAGACCUGUCUUUUACUAUAUCAGUCGUCAUGUGCUUGCAGACUCUAUUGAUUUUGAAUUGCUUACUUAUCACAUAUUGCAGACUUUGGAAAGAGCAUCCAAUAAGAACUUUGAAUUAGUGUUUGAUUGUACCUUGUUCUCUCAGGCUAAUGAAAUUCCCAAUCAAUACAUUAUUCAGCUUGUUCAGUUAUUGCCAUUUGAUGCAUGCGAUAACAUUGCCAACAUCGUUUUUUACAACCCCAACUCUCAUUUGCGCAAGUUUAUGAAAAAGUUCCCUCGUCCUAUAUCACAUAAGCUAGCCAAACGCUUCAACUUUGCUGUUACCUUGGCGGAAAUAUACGAUUACAUUAGUCCAAAUGAACUUCGUUUACCAAAGACGACUACUUCACUAGAUACUGAUCAAUGUCAUGUAUUUCAUCCUGCCAGUAGAAUGACACAGAAUAAGGUCAAUAUUCCUGUUACGAUCAAAGUAAGCGCCGAGUAUGUUCAAGCCAUGACUGUUCGCAAACAAGAGUUUAUCUACAAUGUAACUACGGUUCUUAAUGACGUCUAUAUGGUUUCGGAUAUUGAAGACAUCACUGUUGUGCCAAAUUCUCGAAGUCAAGAAAUUGUAAAUGAAUUUCAUUUCAAGUACAACAAGGGCAAGACUCAGCAUGUGUUUACUUCAAUGAAACGCGAUGCUAUCGUGAAUCAUAUUCGUCACAACAAGCGACGACUGGAAAUGACAAAACCAAAUAAUAUAUCCGAAAGAACCAUUCGACCUAACGAUGUGCCUGGAAGAUUACUGAAUAUGGCCUUGCUGAACAUUGGUAGUGAUGAUCCAAACCUUAGACUUGCUGCUUACAACUUGCUAUGUGCUCUAAGUAUAACAUUCCACUUUGAUCUCAACAAUCAGUUAUUGGAUGCAAAAGCAUUUGUUGUGGCCAUCAGUGAAAGGAUUGCAGAAAAUCAGCCUAAUCUCACCUUGGAGUUUCUGAGUGAAUGCUUUAUUGGCUUCCAAAAAUCCAGCGAGCCCCUACGAUACCUAUGCUUGGACUAUAUGACGCCUUGGCUACCUAACCUCUCACGAUUCUGUCACAGCAAUAUAGAAGAUAAAGAGACAGUGAAAACAAAGGAAGUCCUUCGUAACCUGAUUGAUCUCACUGUAGCCCGUACUGAAAUGUACAAGCUUAUACAAGCAAAGAUAUGGAAGACAAUCGGACAGAUUGAUGACAUAUUGAACCUUGUCCUGGAUUCCUUUGUUCAAUUUUCAAUUGAACACGGUGUAGGUUCAUCACAAGCAGAAGCCAUGGCUGAUACAUUUGUUACUCUUUCCAACAUUGCCGUACGCGGUAAAGUCAUUUCUCGGUUGCGAAAGGUCUUACAAAAGACAUCGUUCAAGCCAACCAGAGCCUUAACUGAUCAUUGGACUUGGAAUGAAAUUGCAAUCCUUAUUCGAUUUGUUCUGAUGUUAUCAUUCAACAACCGAGGACCUGUAAAGAGCUAUGUACCCGAAAUUUUUCAUAUCGUUUCUCUCAUCGUUGGUGUGGGCCCUACGCUUAUCAGGGCUUCAAUCCAUGGCCUGAUUGUGAAUAUGAUCCAAUCAUUAUGUACAUGCAUGCCUCUUCAAGAAGCUAAUAUCAAGAAGCUUCAGCUGAUACUUAAUGAAAUAUCUGAUACCAAGUAUAGACUUCUAUUUGGCUUAUUUAAGCCUCAUGCAAACGCAUUUACAAUCACGCCAGAAACACUGACAGACGCAGCUGAGCCUAUAUCACUACAUGCUUUGGAAACAAUUGUGAGCAAUCUGCUUGAAGUCAUCGCUUAUAGUGCGCCUUCUCAAGAUAUGGCUAAUGCAUGGCGUGCUAGAUGGAUGAGUUUAGUUGCAAGCACUGCUUUCCAAUUUAAUCCAGCAAUACAACCACAGGCCUUUGUUGUAUUAGGCUGUCUAGGGCGUGAAGAAACAGAUGAUGAUUUGUUAUAUCAAAUCUUAGUCGCCUUACGUGGUGCGCUGGCUAUAUUUAACGAAGCUGAUCCUAACCUGGUUCUAAGCAUCAUGAUGUGCCUUAAAAACAUUGUCGAAAGUUUACCACCAGAUUCAAGGUACUUGCUUGCUCUCUUUUGGGUUGCAGUCGCGCUUGUAGAAAUCAACAAUGGCCCCAUCUUCACAAUGGCUAUCGAACUUAUACUUGCCGUACUGCGCGCACUGGAUACAGCCGGCUAUUUCACUGGCGAAUCUGUUGUUGAAGUCCUGCUGUCAGCUCGAGAACCCAUGGUCAAUGUUUCUAGGAAACUCGAUCAGCUCUGUGGUGUUAAUUUCGAAUCGCACUUUUCAUUUGCUAUUGCCAGCAUCUUCUUAAAGGGCUUACGCUAUAACAACGGAAAGGAAAUUGUUUUCCAAGGAUUAACCACCUUUUUGGAUAUUGAAUGCAAGCAUAGUGAUAGCACCAACACGAUCGAUCCACAUCACUUGGGCUACCUUGCUGGAAUCUUACCACUUGCAGCCAAGAAUGAGACACUCAAGGAAGUGUUACGGCUUACUGGCUUACUUGAUCCAAGCUUUGAAUUGGACGACGAGGAUGAAGAGGAUAACCCUGAAGCUUAUGCUUACAGUUACUCCUGUAUCUUUGACAGACUCGAUGUAACGGAUGAAACUACAGCCCUGUUGUUUGUAUCCAUGCUUGUUGCUCAGCUGCAAGUGACAGAUAGCAAUAAUGAAAAGCUCUUCUUAUACCAUCUUUUGGCCGAAGCUGCUAGCUCAAUGCCUGCUGUAUUCUCUACUGUGUAUGACUCACUUCUUCCCAAAAUGAAUCAGGUAGUAUUGAACAGCACGAACCAGUCGAUAAUUGAAUCUGUAAAAUCGAUUCUGUUGACAGCAUGCUCUGAUCCAAGCUUCAGCGAUGCAUCCAGAAAGAACCAUCCUACUCAGAAAUCUCUAUUGGAAAGUGUAGGAUUUCCUGCUUUGGCAGAUCCUUCGUUUGGAGCAUCAUCAGCAAAUGUAUUACAGAAUGCUAAGCUAGCAAGUGAGAUCAUCGAGUUAAUCAUUGCCUAA